ACAAAAAUUAAGCUUAGUUACACUUUUUUGUUAUUAUUCUUUUUUUGUUCUUUAUAGUUAUAAUAAUAAUAAAUAUUAAAAAAAGAGUCAAGCUAUGUUACAAAGAAAAUCUGGCCACUCAAAAGCAUUUUCUAAACGGACAUUCAAAGUUGCAACAUGCCCUGAAUGUGACAAAAAGACUAUGAGUCGAACAUUUAACGUCUUGAGAAAGCUAGGCUUGUCUAUACCAUUAUUGUUACAAUGUUCAAGUUGUUGUUGGUGUGCAACUUUUCAUUCAAGUAAAGUAAAUGUAAAUUCAAGUAUAAAUGCAAAAGCAGUCGUGGUAGACCUGUUUGAGGUUUAUGUACGUUUUGUUAUUGCUAUGAGGGAAAUUGGAAAAAGUUAUACCAGUUUAGUGGAUGAAAAAAGUAAUCGGAACAGUGCUUUUCCAUUGCUCUUAAGCAAAAGAUAUUAUAAGAAUAUAGAUGGUAUCAAAUGUGCCCACGUACUCCUGAUACUUGCUGUAAAUAUCAGGCUGACAAAAUAAAUGGCAUAGCAACAUACAAACAUAAGGGAGGAAUUACAAAUUGUUGUCCUUGAAGAAAUAAAACCUGUUCUUUUAGGUUUGAGUUAUGACAAUUUAUUAAAAAAAUAUCUUUAUGGCAAAACUCAAAAUAACUAACAAAUAAAUGAGUCACUAAAUGGAAUGAUUUGGAAAGGGUUUCAAAAAGAUAUCUACGUUUGUAAAACCACUGUUGAGCUUGGUGUAGCUUCUGCAGUUAUAAAUUUUAAUGAUAGUUCAAAUGGAACUCUAAAGGUUUUAAAGGGCAUAGAUAUUCUAGGAUUUUAUGCAAAUCAGUUCUGU